CCCCGUCCCUGCUGUACCCCCGCCCCUCCCCCUGUACCCUCCAUGUACCCCGCCCCUCCCCAGCUGACCGCCGCAACCCUAGUGGUUCCCUCCUCUUGACCCUUCCCGGCGUCCUCCUAACUCCUGUCCUGCCACCCCCCAAGCGGACUCCUCGUCCCCAGACCCCCUGGCGUGCAGAGGGACGGGCUGCAGUCUGCUGCGGCCUCCUCGCGCGCGGCCUGGGCUUUGGGGUGUGGUCAGGCAGCGUCGAGGUGAGAUCACAGGGGUCGCGAGGAGAGAGCUGGAGGGCCCUUUUUGCUCUCCCGGUCAUUACAAGCCGUCUGCGGGCCCGCCGGCAGGGUCCUGAGAAUGAGCACUUAGGGCCGCUUGAGUUGCUGGAGCCACGGUGGGGGCCCUGGCGCGGGAGGGGUGUCCUGGGGGGAGGCAAGUGCAGGGGGGUGCUGGAGCCGCUCCAGCCUGGGGUGACGGUAAUGCGAAAGAUGGCAGCAGAAGCUAGGGGGCACGGGACACCCAAUGGGAUCAACCCCACUGUGUCUCUGGCUGAGGCCCACACACCCCUGUCUGGCCAGUGGCUGACAGAUGGGCCUAGCAGACCCUGAUAUGGCCUCCCUCUGCCUGAGGGGCUCAGGUAGCCGUGGGACCUUUCUUGGGAGCCCCUGCAGUGCAGACAGCAGCCCAAACGGCCGGAGAUGGACAGCGGAAAGCACUUAUUUAAGGCCCUCCUGGGGAAGAAGCCAGAAUCGCAGCUGUCCCAAGAGGAUGGGCAGCCCUCUGCCACGCCGAGCCGAGCCGUGGCCUGGGGCCAGCCCAGUGCUCAGAGCAGCAGUCAGCAGGUGCUGCAGUCUCAGGACUGGGUGUGCGAGCCGCCGGAGAGCAGGCGCCCGAGCCGCCGCUGGAGCGUCAGCAUCAGCGAACCGAGGUCCGCCGAGUCCACCAACGCCUUCCACGCCUUCCUGGUCCGGAGCGCGCCUUUCUGGCACAACGUGACUUUGGAGGCCCAGGCCUCGAGGUCACCGCCCUCCUAAGAGCCAACUCAGCCCCGGAGAGCAGUCUGUCUCCCACUGCCUUUCCUGCGGGUCCUGGAGGCGGCCUGCCAGGCUUGGGGCGCACGGCCCCUGCACCGUCUCCAUAGCCCAGCGGAGAGUCAUGACCCGCCCCGGGAUGAGAACAGGGCGCCCUGGGACCCUCUGGCUGCCCUCUCCUCAGGACACUCACCCCUGAGGCCUUAGAGGCCACCUCCGGGUGGGGUAGCCUUCCCCAGCCCAACCUCUGCUAGGCUGCCUAGGGUGGACGGAGGACCACAGGCCGGUGGGGUGGUGGUGGGGGCUGGGGGAGGUGUCCUAAGGGGUGGGGGAG